AUGCUCGCGAACCAUUUAGGCUCCAUAAGGGAGAAGUCUGCUUUGACCUCUGGGAAUGAAUGCAUAUCCGAAGCACGAUCAGCUCUGGCAUCAACUCUCAUUCUCUACAACGUUGAACUUAUUGGCGCAGAAGAUGUAAAAUGGAGAAUGCAUUUGAAGGGGGCUCGUGUCAUCAAUCAGUGGCUCGAACAGUCCUUUUCUCAGGUUACUUCAAUCGGCGAAAUUGACAAAUUCUUACUCUACGAGCACUACUACUCCAGCGUUUUCGCAGAUCUCACUACAUUCGAUAACACGAACGAACCACCCAAAGACAGCCUACAAAGAAUGGGCGAUGUUGCUAUCUUCGGCGACUUUGUUCGCGUCAUUCAACUGGUGACCAAACUUGAAAGAUCGAAAUAUGAUCAAAGUAUUCCCAUCGACCCUUGCCAAUUUCAAGACAUUCUCCAGGCAGUCGAAAUGGCAAAGGAUUCUAUGAUCACUUUCGGUCAACAAUUCUACUUCUGGAGUCACCAGGCUCGGCAAGAUUUCCAGCACCUGGUGUUCGUGUUUUAUCAUGCCAUUCAGGUCUACACCUACCGUGCGAUUUCUGAUGAUCAAUUGGCCGACCGUCACAUUCAAGCGUCCAGGGAUUCGAUUUUACAACACCUGGACCAUUUGUCAGACAAGAGAAAUUUCGCACAUGAUCUUGUUUGGCCACUGUUCAUAUUGGGUACCGAAGGUAGAGAAGAUGAAAAGAUACAGAAUAUGGUCUCCAUGGAAAUGGAAGCUGUGAUGAAGAUCAGUGGCGUUCUUGAUCGAAGAAAGGUGUUGUCAUUUUUACAACACUACUGGUCAGUCGAUUUGGAACGUGGUGUCACAUGGAUACAUUUCAUGAGAGAUAUUAUACCCGAACAUAGCAUGUUAAUUCUAUAA